CCGUUUUGUUUUGGUUCACACAUUGGCUAAGAAGAAAUCCGGAUUAACAAGAGUACUCACGCACUACAAGCAGACAUUACGUGAUAGUUUGAUAUAUGGACGAUCGCUCUGUCGAAAACAUAGAUACAGGACAAGAAAAACAUAUGGAGAAAAAGCCCAACAUGGCUGGUAAAAGAGGGCGCAGAGGGAGAAAACCAUCAAGGGUUGACCAGAAAACUAAGCUAGAGAAGAGCAGGCAGAGUGCCAGAGAAUGUCGAGCAAGAAAGAAGCUGCGGUACCAAUACCUGGAGGAACUGGUCACUAAUCGUGAAAAGGCUAUUCUUGCCUUGCGUGAAGAACUAGAAAUGUGCAAGAAGCUGAGUGAACAGAUAGACAGUGGGCAGGUCCAGCCUGAGGAAGCCCUGAACAAGCUCCAGUCCAGGAGAACACACUGAAAUAUGGAACCAUGUGUAUACAGGAUAACUUCAGUCAUCUUGAAAAGCCUGUUUAACAUCUGGUGCCUACUGUCCAGAGGCAGUUUUGUCAUAGCACAAGCACCCCCACCUAUCAUUGUAUAAGUUCCUAGUAAACAGCACAUGUUGUAACAUCAAUCAUUAUAAAAGAAUACCUUUUCUCUCUAAGUUGUCACUGUAUUGAUAGCAAUUUUACAAGAGAAGAAGGAUGUAAACUCUUAAUUGUUAACUUAUACAGGUGUAAUGGAAAACUUUUCAUGUAGAGGAAUUGGAAUUGGUAAAUUUUGUUCCAGUUGAGUGCAUAGUUACCAUAAAUAGUGUGUAUUUGUGUAAAUCCAAGUGUCUUGUAAGUGCAAGUAUUGUAAUGUUGAAUAAUUGUAUGCAUUUAUUUAACCUGAAACUUUCUAUGAAAGAAAAUUAAGUGCAGGUGAACUCAAACUAUCAGUGAAGAAUUUCUUUUUGUUGGAAGACUGAUCUUAACAUUUGAUAAAGGGUGGAAAAUAUUUUUUUAGCUAUUGUUGGUAACUUAUAGAGCCACGUAAGGCAAAUAACAGACUAGUAGAGAUCUGGAAUAUUUACUUUUUGGAAAAAAAUAUUAUGUUAUGGCAUGAUGUGUACAGUGGCUAAUUUUUUCCAGAUUCUUGAAAGGUAAAUGUUUGGUUUUGAAGGCAGUUAUUUGUUGUAAAUGAGAAUUCAGAAUAUUGAAAAAGGGAAAAGGGAAUGAGAGAUUAGAGUCAUUCAUUGCUUCCUUACAUGUAUGUUUUGAUUCAAAUGUUAUUUAUCUGAUAUUUUCCUUUCAAGAAAUUAGGUUGUAUCGUAUGGAUUUGAUACAUAUGGUUUAGACAUUUCAUUUAUCAAACUAGAAAACAAACUGCAUAUUGCUUCUGGUUAUAAGGAACUGUAAAUGAAGUGUAUGCUUUCGUUCUUUAAAAAUAAUUUUAAAAAAGUGAAAAACUGUGCAAUAACAUGGAAAAUAACACUUUUCAAUGUUUAUUUGCCAUUAUGAUAAAAAAAAUCGCAUUGUUUGUUUCUAUAUACCAGGCAAUAGCUAGUGUGAGGAUUCCAAGGUGCUUAAAAGUAUUAUCAUUAUUAUAAUUAUUAUUAUUAUAAAAAAGAAACUCUUGAAGUGUUUGUGUUUUUAACUUUUCAUUGAAAUCUUUAAUUUGAUUCAAAUCAAGUGAACAUUUUUGAAUGGAAUCUGCUCUUUAUAUUUCCACUUAUUAUUAUUGUUAAAUAUUUAUUUUUGUAUAAAUAAAAAAAUACACCAA